AUGCGCGAGCGCUGGAUCGAGGAGGAGAAGGGCUGGGCGCAGCUCCCGCCGAGGGCGUGGCCGCCGCGGCAGCCGAAGGCUACCGAGGCACAGGGCCUGAGGGACCAGCUCCGAGCGGACCGGUGCCCCCUGCCUGGCCAGCCCGCCCCGGACAAGUGCCUUCGGACGAUGUUCGACCUGGCCACCGCGCUGGCGUUCGGCAAGGGGGACCCUCCGGAGGGCGUGGCCAUGUACCGAGCCAUGUCGGAGGCGGGGGAUCUGGACAGCACGGUGGCGCUGGCCGUGUGUUUGGUCGAGGAUGUCGCGGGCUCCGACGACGAGCACGGCGUGCGGCUCUUGCGGGCGGCUUGCGCGCGGGGCAGUGCACAGGCCUGGUACGAGCUGGGGACCUUGCUGCUGGUGGGCGGGGCAGGGCUGGAGGAGGACGAGCCUGCCGCCUUUGAUUGCUUCCGCCAGGCUGCCGAGCAGGGCCACUCGGCGGGGAUGUUCAUGAUGGCGGACUGCCUGCUGGAGGGGGUCGGCUGCGAGACGGACGCGGCGAGGGCGGUGCCGCUGCUGCACGCCUCGGCCGAGAGGGGGCACCGCGGAGCCCGUCAGCACCUCCGGCAGCUGCUGGACGGUAACUGGUGGGGCUUCGACGGGGCGGCGGGCCCCACGUUCGAGCACCGAGGCUCGAGGUCUGCGGGGCGAGGCGAGAUGGCAGUGGCUGGAGUCCACUUCGAGUCUGCCCAGGUUGGGAGUCAGUGCUGCUCCGUGAAGCUUCAAGCCAUGAGUGGAGUCGGGGUCCUGCAGGCAUCGAUAUAUCCAUGGCCCGCGGUCCAAGGCUCCCCGGCCGCAACCCCAUGGACGCGCGGGGCGGCUCUGCACGCGUGCCCCGAGCAGAUCGUGUCCACGGGAUGGCGCCUCGGCCGCGAAGCGAUGGGCUGCAAACCUGGCAAGUCCGCGACGCAGGAGGAGGGCGGCGAUAGGAAGGCGUUGGUUCCCGAGCCCGGCGGCGGCACGGAGGCAGCACCGGAGCCGCAGCCCGCGGCGCCCGCGGAGGGCGCCUCGCAGCCGGCCGCGGGGCAGGAGGAAUCGGACCAGCUGGUGAAGGUGCCAGUUGUCCUCGCAGAGGACGUGAAGAUCAUCUCUCCAAGAGGACUUGAAGACGACAAGCCCAAUAAGGCCAGAUCUCCCAAGUGCGGAAGCUGCCUGCCGUGCAUCGGCUAG